AUGCUUUGGCGAGACCUGAAGGCGUGGCAGGUCUACGGCGCCAACACAGAUGUCGGCAAGACCAUCAUCUCGACUGUCUUGUGUCGAGCUUUGCAGCGGCGAGCACCGCCGAAUGGCUUGCUCUAUUUGAAGCCCGUCUCCACUGGCCCUCAGGCCGAGGCUGAUGACAGACAUAUCAGACAUUUCGUGCCUGGAAUAGUGUCGAAAUGCAUUUCCCAAUUCUCCAAGCCUCUGAGUCCGCACAUCGCCGCUCAGCUGGACGGGAGUAGCUCGUUACCCACGUCUGACCAAGAGAUUGUCAAGCAAGUAAAGGGUCUGCUUUCCCAGCACAGUCGAGAGGGAGGACGAUAUGUCAUUGUCGAAACAGCGGGAGGGGUCCUUUCCCCUGGUCCCUCGGGCUCAGUUCAGGCAGACCUAUACCGACCGCUGCGUCUGCCAACCCUCCUGAUCGGCGACAGCAAGCUGGGAGGUAUCGGCACGACCAUCUCCGCCUUCGAGUCACUGCACGUCCGUGGCUAUGAUCUCGACUCGGUCAUUCUGUUCGACGACCCGGCCUGGGGCAACUAUGGCUAUCUCGAGAAGCACUUCUCCAAACACGACAUUCCCACCAUAGCCCUCCCAUUACCACCAGCUCGGCGACCAGACCCCAAGGACGACGAGGCAGUCCUGUCGGACUACUACCAGGAAUGUUCCGAGUCAACGACCAUCAACGACCUCGUCAACAACCUCCACCAGAAGCACUUCUCUCGCAUCUCAAAGCUAACGUCCAUGGCGGCCCAAGCUGACGCAGUAGUCUGGCACCCCUUCCGCCAACAUAGCAUCCCUCACAACAUCAUCGCCAUCGACUCCGCGUACGGCGACCUCUUCCAAGCCUACAACCCCGAGACCGACCCGGCACUGACGACCCCAGCCAGUCCAUCCCAGGGACUCACCCCCCUGGCGACGCAGACACCACCCGCCGAGCCUCUAUUGACCCCCCUGUUCGACGCCUCCGCAUCGUGGUGGACGCAAGGCCUCGGUCACGGCAACCCUGAGAUAUCCUUGACGGCCGCGCACGCCGCAGGACGAUACGGCCACGUGAUGUUCGCGCAUGCCGUCCACGAACCCGGCCUAGACUUGUCGUACAACCUGCUCUCGACGCUGCAGAACCCGCGCCUCUCGCGCGUCUUUUUCACCGACAACGGCAGCACCGGCAUGGAAGUCGCCGUGAAAAUGGCCCUGCGCGCCUCAUCCCAACGCUACGGCUGGUCCAAGGACGAUGGGGGAUCCCCCGUGGCCAUACUAGGUCUCCAGGGAAGCUACCACGGCGACACGAUCGGGGUCAUGAACUGCUCCGAGCAGAGCAUCUUCAACGACAAAGUCGACUGGCACCAGCCCUGGGGACACUGGUUCGAGCCGCCGUCGCUUCUCAUGCGCAAGGGCAAAUGGGAACUCACGAUCCCCACCGAGAUGACACCACCGACGCCGGGCCAGGAGAAGACGGUGCAGGAAUUCGACAGUCUCGCGGCCAUUUUUGACUUCGACUCCCGCCGGAGCGAUGCGGCGCGGUACGAAGAGCACAUCAAGGCCGUCUUGACGAAACUGGUCAAGGACCAAGGCAAACGCUUCGGCGCGCUCAUCAUGGAGCCGCUCCUGAUGGGCGCAGGGGGCAUGAUCUUCGUCGACCCGUUGUUCCAACGUACGCUGAUCACCACGAUCCGAUCGAAUCCCGACCUCAUUGGCGUUCCUGUAUCUUCGUCGCCGUCGGAGACCACCACCCCGAACCAAGACACAGACUGGUCCGGUCUCCCACUCGUCGCCGACGAAGUCUUUACCGGUCUCUACCGUCUCGGCCGACCCAGUUCUUCGACGUUCUUGUCCUCGCCAUCGCCCUCGUCAUCGGCCCCCACGUCGACGUCCACAGCGUACACGAGCCUCGCUCCCGACAUCUCGGUCCACGCGAAACUCCUGACCGCCGGCCUGCUUCCGCUCGCGCUCACGACGGCCAGCGACUCCAUCUUCCGCACGUUCCUGUCCUCUUCGAAGACGGACGCUCUGCUGCACGGCCACUCUUACACCGCGCACCCGAUAGGCUGCAUGGUCGCGAACAAGGCUCUCGCCGAAUACAACGCGCGGGACACCGACGGCUCGUGGGGCCACUUCAAGCAGGCCUGGGCCUCCGGCCCGUCAGGCUCAACUUCCGCAAGCCCUUCGAGCCCCGUUUAUUCAUUCUUCCCGCCCUCUCUCCUGGACACCCUGUCCCACCACCCCAGGCUGGCGGGCUGUUUCGCGCUCGGUACCGUUCUCGUGCUGAAGCUCGCAUCUCUCCAAGAAGGGUCGGGCUAUAAUUCAACCGCCACGGCCUCCUUGCAAGCCCGAUUACUCACAACUCUGGACGAAGACGGGUGUGGUAUACAUUCCCGUGUGUUGGGCGACGUCAUAUAUUUCAUGACAAGUUUGACCACAACCGCCGAACAGGUCGAGAGACUGGGCCAAACACUCUUACAGGCUUUGGAACGUGAUUAA